AACGUGAUCUCGAAGUACUAUAUACGAAUAUCGUGCUCGAAAGUUAAAGGGUUUAUUUCCAACUAAGGUUUCAUAUUUAUAGGAGGUAUCAUAUCGUACUAAUGGGCGCGUUUAGCGAAAAAAGCGCUCAAUGAGCAAUCAGCGAUUAUUGGUUCUUACUGUUAGAUCCCUAAAUAGAUUCCUAGACCAAUUACAUUGACGAAUUGCUGAGUCCGCUGAACGCACCCAAUGUCUACUGUGAACAAAACACUUUUGUCUCUGUUAUUGCCUAGAAGGAAGAUCUUUCUAGAAGAAAGAUCUUUCUAGGAGAAAAAUCUUUCUAGAAGGAAGAUCAGCAACAUUUCAUUAUACCUGAAAACUUGCUAGGUUUUUGGAGGCGUAUCUUUUCUUAAAAAGCAUGAGGACUGCGUUCCGAUAUUCACCGCUAGUACUGAAAAUUUAUAGUACAUGUAAUAUCAACUAAUUAGCUUUUCAGUACUGGCAAUGAAUGAUUAAAAAACAGGGGUCUUAUUCUCGAAAAAUAUCGCAUACAAUAUUUCUAUGAAAAACUAUAGUUUACGUAUACUAUAUCAAGCUACAGUUACAUAUAUUAUAGCUUUUCAUAGAAAUAUCGUAUGCGAUAUUUUUCGAGAAUAAGGCCCCUGUUUUUUAAUCACUCAUUGCCAGUACUAAAGAACUAAUUAGUUGAUAUUACUGUGAACAAAACAUUUUUGUCUCUGUUAUUGCCUAGAAGGAAGAUCUUUCUAGAAGGAAGAUCAGCAGCAUUUCACUAUACCUGAGAACUUGCUAGUUUUUUGGAGGCGUAUCUUUUCUUAAAAAGCAUGAGGACUGCGUUCCAAUAUUCACCGCUAGUACUGAAAAUUUAUAGUACAUGUAAUAUCAACUAAUUAGCUUUUCAGUACUGGCAAUGAAUGAUUAAAAAACAGGGGUCUUAUUCUCGAAAAAUAUCGCAUACAAUAUUUCUAUGAAAAACUAUAGUUUACGUAUACUAUAUCAAGCUACAGUUACAUAUAUUAUAGCUUUUCAUAGAAAUAUCGUAUGGGAUAUUUUUCGAGAAUAAGGCCCCUGUUUUUUAAUCAUUCAUUGCCAGUACUGAAGAGCUAAUUAGUUGAUAUUACAUGUACUAUAAAUUUUCAGUAUUAGCGGUGAAUAUCGGAACGCAGUCCUCAUGUUACUUAUAUUUUUUAAGAAAAGAUACGCCUCCAAAAACCUAACAAGUUUUCAGGUAUAGUGAAAUGUUGCUGAUUUUCCUUCUAGAAAGAUCUUCCUUCUAGAAAGAUCUUCCUUCUAGCCAAUAACAGAGACAAAAGUGUUUUGUUCACAGUAGACAUUGGGUGCGUUCAGCGAACUCAGCAAUUCGUCAAUGUAAUUGGUCUAGGGAUCUAUUUAAGAAUCUAACAGUAAGAACCAAUAAUCGCUGAUUGCUCAUUGAACGCUUUUUUCGCUGUUUUUUAAUUAUUAAUUGCCAGUACUGAAGAGCUAAUUAAUUAAUAUUACAUGUACUAUAAAUUUUCAGUACUAGCGGUGAAUAUCGGAACGCAGUCCUCAUGUUACUUAUACUUUUUAAGAAAAGAUAUGCCUCCAAAAACCUAACAAGUUUUCAGGUAUAGUGAAAUGUUGCUUAUCUUCCUUCUAGGAAGAUCUGAUCUGAAGGCUAUCACAUGUCCGGCACGCUGCACGGUCGACGCGCAAGUGAACGUGCGCGCAUCAUUCUGCGCAACCGUACGGCGAUUGGCUGCGUGCGCGGCGCACGUUGUCCGUGCCAGAGACGGCCGCUGACGUCAGUCACCGCCGGCCAAUACCGGCGCACGGAUCAGCAGUGCUGGCUGUGCGCGCGUGUAGAACGUGCACAGUGUGUGCCCGUGUGUGUGUGUGUGUGUGCGUGCAUCAGUGGCAGAGAGAAGCCACGCGGAAACGACGACGGGACGGCGACGCGAUCGCGAGAACGUCGUCGCGAAACGGCGCUUGUUGACCCGUUGACGCGCGACAAGAUGCCAGACGAGAUCCGCGUCUGAGACGACGCAUCUCGCGACGACGACGCGUGCUCGGUUCGGCAGGGGACGUACGGCGAGGGAGAAGGAGGAAUCGAGCGAGCGAGGAGGAGGAGAGGCGACAAAUGCGUCUGGCCGUGGCGUGGCACGCACACGCGGUGAGAGCGAGGGAAAGAGGGAGAGAGAGAGAGAAAAGGAGCGAGAGCGUGGUAGCGUCGAGUCGCACCGCGCCGCACCUGACAGUCCACGCAGUCCGCCGGCCCCCGAAAAAACACUAUCGCCGCGCUAUAUACACGCGAGACAGCGCCGUGUUUCACUCAGAACGCGAGCGCCACUGGCAAUGUCGGGAAGUGACAGCCCAACAUUCUUUCACGGCCAGCCGUGGUCCAGCUGGAUCGAAAGAAUCGGACGGGACAAGCCGCUGAGUGAUGAAGAGACAGAUGCCCAACCAUCAAGUUCAGUUACACGACUGUCCGUAGAAGAUAUUGAUCUAUACGGCUUCUGUCCAGAGAGAGAUUUGUUCUAUGGAGUGGUAUGUGAGAUAUGCAAUGCCAUAGUGAAACCACAAGCCCUUAUUCAACACAUGGAAAGUCGUCAUCCUUCAGGCACGGCGAAUUUCCCACCACCCCUAACCCCGACCGUGAAACCGACCGUGAAAAUCCCUUACUGCAAAGUGUCGAAGCUGAAGAAAAGCCAAACGCCAACUCCCACGAUCCCCGUAGUCGACGUGAACACGAAGCUGAACCAUACGGCCGUCAAGCGCAACGUCGAGCAGACGAACCUCUCCGCUGGUAGUGGCUCGUUGCCGAUCUCCUCGUCGCCUCGCUCGCCCCUCGAGUCGAUCACGGUUCAAACGACAACAUCUUCCAACGUUACCGGCCCUCCUGUCGUCACGUCCAGUCCUAGCAAAAGUCCAGUCGUCGCCAGCAUCGGCCAGCCUCGGCGGAAGAGGCUCAAAGCGGACCGUUCGUUGCUCAAAGACCGAGAGUACGAUCCCGACCGACAUUGCGGCGUCUGGAACGAGGAGACCGGCAAGCCAUGCACGAGGUCGCUCACGUGUAAGGCGCAUACCGUCUCGCUGCGCCGGACGGUCGUCGGUCGCAGCAAGACCUUUGACAAGCUCCUCGCGGAGCACCGCGCCGCGAAGGAGCAGCCGAGCGGCAGUGGUCGCGCGACGACCAAGGUGACGGUCGCCGGCACCGUCACCGUGUCCUCCGUCGCCGCGUCCAGUCUGAAUCCCCAUGCUCCCAAUACUCCAGUAUCCACCGCCGAGCCGGAAGCGCCGAGUUCGCCGCCCGUUCUAUCGCUGCCAGACUCGUAUCCACUGCCAAAGGCUGUUGAUUUGCUUUAUCGGUGUCUGGCCCCGCAUGGCUCCACUAAACCUACCAAACUCGAAGAGGACUUCGCCAAUGCCGAGGAGCUGCGGAACCUAGAGUCCACCCUGGUCAAUUCAUCCGCUGCAUCGGCCGCUGUCGCCGUGGUCAGCAGCGCGUCGCAGCAGCCGAGUUCGAUGAUGGCGCCAAUAUCCGUGAUAUUACCGUCGCUGUCGCCGUUGCCCGGUAACAGUGAGGAGUCACCGGUGGCCACACUAAUACCGAGCACCACGACGGCCGCGAUGCCGAUCGUGCCAGCGCCACUGCCAGCCACCUGCGUGCAACCGCCAGCCGUGGUCGCCACAGUGCUCGAAGGCGAGACUCCAGUGGACAUCGACGCCGAGACGAUCUCCGCCACCAUGUACUCCCCGGUCUACACCAAGGACACCAAGUCGCAGCUGGUGAUGCAGGCCAUGUCGAGACCCAACAGCCACCGCCAACAGUCGCAGUCGCCGGUACAGUCGGCCAGAAGCUAUCAGAUACAGGCGUCGAUGCCGAGUCUGGGCCUGUUCGAUCCGGUGGAGCAGCUGGAGCAGCAGCACGCCAGUCAGAUCAAUGGCAAGCGGCUGAACCACGCAAGCUCGGUAGUCAUGUCGUCGCGACAGCAGAAGAAACACAAGCCACACGACUACCAGUCCUCGCAGGACUUCACAACCACAACGACUUCGAUCCAGGUCGAGGCCACCACGACCUCGUCGCCGUAUCCGCACUUUGGUGAUAUCUCAUGGUCGAACUGUCAUCCGGAACCUUUAGCCGUUAGUCGGUGGCUCCGUAUCUCAUCCAGCCGUAAACAGUACAACUUCAAUAUUCACUGACACAAGACCCCACCCACCCCGGGCUGAGGACUGUACGCUGUGGGCGAUAGUUUACUACUACCUCUUUUCUUCCUGGAGACCUUCUUCACCGCCGCUUACGUCGUCGUCAUUAUCAUCAUCAUCAUCAUCAUCAUCAUCAUCGUUAUCGUUGUUAUCCUAGUCGUCGUCUCCCCUCUCAUCAUCACCAUCAUCAUCAUCCUUAUUGUCGUGUCCGCAGCCCGUCGAGGAGGGAAGGUUCUUGUGUUCAUCGUCGCAAUGAGACCGAUGAGACUUCGUGUACACGCUUCAGCUACACAAGGUGACAUUGUUCGCGGAUCCCUCGGCCAAAACACGAAAACCGAACUCACACGUUCACGAAGUUUCUUCCUCGUGGUAUUAUUCUCGACGGACAGCCGCUGUCGCGCGUGUAAUACGAAACUUUCUCAGUUUCUCAGAUCACGAGCAUGCCGAUCGCCGUGGCGCGUCGAGCACAGACGAGGGAUCCUCGAUCGACGGCCAAUGACGGUCGCGUUUCUGGACGUGUACCUGAUUCUCAAGGAACUCUACAAAGAGCAGGAACGGGUCAAUAUGUGACCCGCUCCGAUGUAUAUCCUACUCCCGUUUACUCGCUUUGUAACGUAUGUUAGGGAGAAAGAGAUUAAGACAAUGGGAGAGUGAGAGAGAAAGCGAAUUGGAGCGAUUGAGAGAAUGGGUCUCGAUAACCGCGUGAAUGAAGUAACUCCAUGAUAACGGGUAGACAAAUUUCCGCGCACGGUCCUGCCGUUACUUUUGCCGUGCGGCUCGUAACGCCGCGGAACAUUCCUUUCGGUCUUCUUCGUCACGGACCGCGAUUUCCCUAUGCUAGGUGAUUGCUAGGUGCUCUUCGACGUGCAGGAGCUUGCGUUUUCGCAUUGGGAAACAUUCCCAAUCGUAUUUCCAGUCCCUUACAAACGUUGUGACUUCAAAUUCCUUUCGGAAUUGUGACUUCAUGGUCUCAAGCCUCUUUGUCGUUGGACAAGGUCCACGCUUGAACGAAUGAAGACGUGGAUCUUGCCGACUGAUCCUCUAGGAACCGAGCACGGAAAAGUUGUCCUCGCGGUACAACAGCAUGCCACCGUGCGCGGCGCAUUUUCUAUUGAAUCUGUGUAUGUGCAUGACUUUUGUAAAUAGAUCGCAGAUCAGACUUGUCUCAUAUUGUACAUAGACCAAGAGCGUUUAGUCGAGCAUCGGUCGCGCUCAGCGUUCGCUAUUGAUACGCGCGAUUUCUCUUCGCGUAGAAGAGUGACAAGGUAAGAAAACAAGAACAAAAUCGAUCCAACUUGUUUUCCUGUGAAUAAAACGCUAUAUAGAAAGAAAGAGAGAAAGAGAGAGAGAGAGUCUUGAUUGUAUAUAUACAUACAUAUAUAUGUACAUAUAUAUUUUUUAUCGAUCACGAUCUCUUACCCUUUUAACGUAUACAUGCAUAUAUAUGUGUGUGUCUGUGUGUGUGAGUGUGCGUGUAUGUGUGUAUUUUUCGAACACGAAUCGCUGUUAUUUAACGUUGCAUUCGCUUCUCUCUCCUUUUUUAUCGGUUUUCUUUCGUCAUAGAGCCAUAGUAGAAAUCAUAGAAUAUUCGAAAUUAUCUGUUCGAGCGAGUUUGUGAUCUCGGUAUCUCUGCGUUGAAUUUCCGGUGACGAGGCCGGUUGCGAUUGUACACAGGUUGUCUGACGCAGUCCCGUGUACCUCGUGCGACUCGGGUCAAACUGAAUGCAAAAUAAGAUAGAAGGCUUUUUGGUAGAGUUUAAUCAAAUCUACAAACACGCCGGCAGGGUCUGUCACGUUAGCCGUGCGAUUAUCCGCCAAUAUUCCUUAACUGACAGCUCAAAAUUUUACACGGUCGUUUGCGCAGUAGUGGAGAAGCUUUCAUUGUUCAGUCUGGCCUGAUCUGCAUGUAGCGCGCGAGAUACGAGACACUGUGCGUCUCAGAGACCCUGUAUACGCGGCACAGAUGCGGAUCGAAUGUCAUUUUUUUCGGGCGAAUUGCGUUUUCGCCGACGUGAGAAAUCGAAGGGGGAGAGUCGGUGGAGGAGCGACGGGCGACCGCCGCGUCCUUAAAUCGACCGAGCGCGAUGACAUCGCGGAUGGCGAUUUGUGCUUUCUUAUCCAUGCGUAUGUAUUUGCGCUACACGAAUGCGAAUGGGCUUCCGCGGAAACGCGACCGAUCCCACCGCACCUCAUCCGCGCUCGUCCCUUCGAUACUACGGCGAGGUGUCUGCGCUCGCCUCCGUUCCGCGGACACGAAUUUAACCGAUGAAGGUCCGCGCAGACCUACGCAACGCGCGAUCGAUUGAGGACGCAUUGAUUCAAGGCGCUGGGAAUGACGAGGGAUCUAAGGCCGUACUUAUUGUAAACAAAGGCGACUUAUGCGAGCCAAAGGGAUCGAUUGAGAGGCUUUCACGUGAAGGCCAAAGAACGAACGGCUUCCUCUUCUUAAUAAACAUUCGGCUGAUGUAGCGCAGCGCAAUAUCGCAAUAAUUAUCUUGGCUCGCGCAACGAGAGAGUCACCCUCUGUGACUCGGAUCCUUCUCGUUCGCAGCGCUAGGACAGUCGAGCGAUCGAUCGGCCGCGUAGAAUCGCCAGGCACCGGCGCCUAAGGUCAUCGCGGGCCCGAAACAGACAGAUUAGUGAGUUACACACGGCUGAUUCACCCGAGACAGUUAUUUAUUUUUCUACGCGCUCUCGUUGAUUUCUGCAUCUCGCGCACUGCAGUUUCCACGACGGGUGAAGCGCCGCGGGACAGGAGCGCGCACGCAUACGCGAACUUCUUAUCAUAGAUUGUGAUAUUUAACUGUUAAUUAUCUAGUAGGGUGUAAUAAUGUACAUGUGUCUAGAUGUGUUUGGCGCGACAGGAACGUGUCGACGUUACUGUUUCUCUUUCCCGGGUUUAACGUCUCCCGCAUCGUACACAGAAAGGGAAAGAAGUAAGCGAAAGGAAGAGGAAGGAAUCGCUGACCUCGCUCGGGGGAGACGACCUUCCGCUUGCAGGUUGCGCGAGCGAGCGACGUGUUUCUGUCGAUGUACGUAGGGUGGAGCGAAAAACCGUGCCCCUCAUCGUGGUCGCCGGCGCUGAUCCUCUCUCGACUUACCUGAAACCGUGAUAACUUGUAUAUAGAUUGUGUAAGAGCAAUUGUGGUCCGUGAGUAUCGAUUAACGUAUUAGCCGUAAGAAUUCGCGUGUGUACGUGUAUCCCUAGAAGAGAGGAUAAAGAACCGAGAGAGGGAUCCGCGCGAAUGGAAGUCGCGAAGAGCGCGCUGAAACCCCGACACGAGAGCCAGUGGUGGCUCACCCACGCGAUCGCGCGCGCUCGCGUAGCGAAUGCUUCGCAAACGACGUCGCAUUCAGUGCUAAAUGUGGUCCCUGAGCUCGAUCCGCCCUCGCGAUACGAGAGUCGCGCGCGACGAGCGAUGAUUAGAGAGAGAGAGCGCGCGCGCGCGUCACCGCCACGUUUUAGCGCUAAACGCGGCUUUCUCGUGCCGAGCUAUUAUUUAUUCGCGCGAUGUCAACGCGAACUACAUUUAGCCCCGGAUGAAUUCGCGACGGUGCAACACGGCCAACGAGACACGCGCGAAAUGCUACGACCAGGCGCGCGCGCGAUCGAUCGGUUUCCUCCUUUUUUUCUUCUACGUUCCCGCGCGUCUCCUUUUCUUUUUCCUUUCUUGUUUUCUUAGGAUCACGUAUGUACCACAGUUAGUGUUCAUUGCUGGGCGCGCGACUGUCAAUGCCAGCAGACUUCGAGCUACACCGUUAACGAGUGCUGUCGAGGAAUUCCGCUCGCUGAGAGCAGCGGCUUUUAACGACUUGUAUUUCCGCUCCCUUUUUCACCCUUCGAACAACCCGGCAGAGAGCAAUAACGUGUAUGAUCCACGGCGACCGAGCAGCAAUAAUUGUUCGUUUUCGUUUUAAGCGCGAGACACGCGUCGCUGAAGAACUCGUUCCCGGACGGCUCUCGCGAUCGCCGAAGCGCGGGGAGCGACGACCGCGGAUGCUGCGUCUCUUUUCGAAACAGCCCUGUUGAAAAGAUGAGAGAAAAAGAGCACUCCAAAAAUAUGUGAUCUUAUAUUUAGCGGAAAUCCUCUCAGAUAUGGUCUCAAGAUUUUUCUGACGUCAAAAGGAAAAUAUUCUAACACCCUAAAAAACACUCUAACACUGUUUCCUGUAAUCCCAUAAUAUUUCAAGUGAAAAACCUCAUCGGAAGAAUAUUCCCCUUCCAAUGAAGUGAAUCAUUAAUCCUAGAUAUUAUUUUUGUUUCCUUUCAAAUCAAGAGGAAUAUGUUCACUUAAAGCAGAAUGCUUUCUUCCUACUGUAGAACAAGAUUUGUGUGAUAAAUAAAAGAUGAAACUUAUCUUAAUUUAAAAAAUAUUGUGCUUAGAAUAUUUUCCUCGUGGUUUCGGAAGAGUCACCCUCAUGCAAGAGGAUUUCCGCUAGAGAUCAGAUUUUCGGGUGAGAAAUCAGAGAGACUGGCGGAAAGUCAUUUCGCGAAACUGCAAAUUCCGAGUCCUCGAGGGCGGCAGUUGCUACAGAAAUCGUCAAGUUCCCUCCAAUUUCUCAUUGCUGCUUUUAAAAGGCUACUUUUUAAUUAUCUCAGUGUUAACACGCUAAAGGAUGAGAGGAGAAGUUCUUGCUCACAGAGACGUGGCACGUUCGUCGUGUGUACCUAAGAACAGUUUUGCUGCUCGUUCCAAGGGAAAGGGAGCGAAGAGCGAUAUAGAAAGGUGGAGAAAAAGGAGAGGAAAUGUCGACGAUUCGUAUCUCUCUUCUGUAACCCUCCCUCCCCCCCCCCCCC